GCACAUGAUACCAAACGGGGCCCCCCCUCCAAUGUUAUAUAUUGAGUGAAUCAAACUAAUUGACAGUCUACCAACUAAGAGUUAGAUCAUCGCCUCACAAAAAAAAAAAGGAAAAAAAAACCAUGGCCACCCAUGAGAAGCCAAGGAAAUUAGGCUCAUUUAUGAACUUCUACAAAUCCGGCGCCGCUGCCACUGUUACCGGCAAGGUCAACCUUGUCGCGAAGCCCGACCCGUCGGCCUUCACGAACAAGUACAUCACACGGGGCUGGACGCUGAGGAAAUCCCCACAUUGCCCAGAAAGCGAACGCGGCGAUGAUCAACUAGUUAGAGCAAACAGCGGCCGAGGAGGGGAUGGCAGAGGCGGCGGCAGCGGCGGCAGCAGAGGCGGAGGCGGAAAUGAGAUGGUGGUGGAGGCCAGGAAGUCAGUGUCGCACGUGGAGACGAACCUGGCGUCGGUGGUGGCGUUCUUGCAGGUGAAGGUGAUGGUGGCGGACAUGCCGGGGUUCAUGCAAGUCCAUGCAUUCAGGUGCGCGAGGAGGACGUACGACAGCUUGGAGAAAUUCAGCUCCAAACACAUGGCUUAUAACAUGAAGAAGAGAACUUCUUUGUGCACAGUGCACUUACUCAGCAUGUUUAGAAAUUUUUUAUGAUAAUUCACCGAGAGAUGGGUUUAUCUAAGAUGAUACCUCAUGCCUCGAUUUACCAAUCUUUUUCAAAUAAGUCGAGCAUUUAAUCCUAUCUACAUUAGACUUUUCUGCAUUUUUUUGUGUUUUCUGUACUUUAAUCGACUCUAUCUUACUGGAUCAAUCCGAUGAAUCGACUAUAAAAAAUUACAGUAAUAGUUCGAUUUUAAGGGUGCUUUAUUCGAGUUUCGAUAUUGAAGGCUCUAAAAUGGGAAAUGAAAAUUUCUGUGACUAUGAACCUAGACAUAGAUUUGGAAUCUUGCAUCAGAUCACCUCUCUCUUUUAAAGAAUUAAGACACCCCAUGUGUCAUUAACAAAGAUUAAUGAUCGUGCACUCUGCCAUUACCACCAGUCGUCGUGUUGGCCAAUCAAUCAUGCAUCAUUCAACAGUCUCCAUUAAAUGACAGCCGAAUCUGCCUUUGCUCCUGUAGUGGACUCUCUCAUCCCAUGUGUGAAAA